CCUAAAUUCAUCUCUCUCUGUUAUGCUAGGGUCCUCUUCCCCUCUUCUUCGCUUUUCAAAUAAAAAUGUGUCUAGUGACAUUUCAGGAGACAGUCUAUUAGGGGAAUACUAUUGUGACACCACUGUAAAAAAAAAGUUUCAUAAUAUAAGACAACUGACAAGACACUGUCUUCCCCAGCCAGCUGCAGACAGUGAGUACAGAGAGGCAGAGAAAGAUAGAGAAUGACGGAGAGAACGUGUGAGAGAGACUGAGAGAGGGAGGGAGGGAGAGACAGACACUCACAGCCAGGUGUCAGUUCAAUUCAAAGGACAAGUAUUGACUCAAGGAAACAUAUGUUUACGUUUCCCUGGCAAGGUAGAGAAAGAAAUAAUAAAAAUGAAAAAAAAAACGAAAAGAAAACAAUAAACAAAAGUGAAAGAAACACAUUGCGCAAUCCCCGUUGGCUGGCCGUUCUGCCACUCAAAGCGGCCAGUGGGUGGAGCUCUGCGCUGAUGUCAUCGUCACAUGGAUUCUCAUGUGGUCAGCAGGCGCUGUGCUGGGUUGCACUGGGAGAGACAGACCUGCUUUACGCUCUCAGCUGCUGCUGAUACUGCAAGAGACAGGACAGGAGAGAGGGAACGAGACAGAGAGAGAGAGAGAGAGAGAGAGAGAGGGAGAAAAGAGAGAGCUUUCACUGUGCGCAACUUGUGCUUCAUAAUUCCAUGGACCCAGGACUUUAAGGAUGUAUUUUAUGAUCUCAGCUAUGAAAGCUCAAAUUGAAAUUAUUCCUUGUAAGAUAUGUGGAGAUAAAUCGUCCGGCAUCCACUACGGGGUGAUCACCUGCGAAGGCUGCAAGGGUUUCUUCAGGAGGAGCCAGCAGAGUAAUGCCGCGUACUCCUGCCCUCGUCAGAAGAACUGUCUCAUUGACAGGACCAGCAGAAACCGCUGCCAGCACUGUAGACUACAGAAAUGCCUGGCUGUGGGGAUGUCGCGAGACGCCGUGAAGUUUGGCCGCAUGUCCAAGAAGCAGAGAGACAGCCUGUACGCCGAAGUCCAGAAGCACCGCCUUCAGCAGGCCCAGCAGCAGCAGAGAGACCACCACCCCCACCAGACCCCGGGGGAGGCCGAGCCCCUCUCUCCCCCCUACGGCCUCACCUCCAGCGGCCUCACGGACCUCCACGAAGACCUAGGGGGCUACAUGGAGAAUCACAGCCCAGACGGAAGCUCCGCGGCCUCCAAGGGGGGCUCCGACUCGGGAGGAGGGGGCCUGGGGGGGUUCUACCUGGACAUUCAGCCGUCCCCUGACCAGUCUGGUCUCGAUAUCAACGGUAUAAAACCAGAGCCUCUGUGUGAUUAUGGUUCCAACCAGGGUUUCUUCCCAUACUGUUCCUUCGCCAACGGAGAGACGUCUCCCACAGUCUCAAUGGCUGAGCUAGAGCACCUGGGUCAGAACAUCUCCAAGUCCCACCAGGAGACCUGUCAGUACCUGAGGGAGGAGCUACAGAGCAUGACCUGGCAGGCCUUCCUUCAGGACGAAAUAGAGACCUACCAGAGCAAGCCUGAGGAGGUGAUGUGGCAGCUUUGUGCCAUCAAGAUAACCGAGGCUAUACAGUACGUGGUGGAGUUUGCCAAACGCAUCGACGGCUUCAUGGAGCUCUGCCAGAACGACCAGAUAGUGCUGCUCAAAGCAGGUUCUCUGGAGGUGGUCUUCAUCAGGAUGUGUCGAGCCUUUGACUCUCAGAACAGCACUGUCUACUUCGAUGGGAAGUACGCUGGCCCGGACGUCUUCAAAGCAUUAGGUUGCGAUGACUUGAUCAGCUCCGUCUUUGAGUUUGGGAAGGGGAUGUGUGCCAUGCACCUCUCCGAGGAAGAGAUAGCCCUGUUCUCCGCGUACGUUCUGAUGUCUGCAGAUCGGACAUGGCUUCAGGAGAAAUUAAAGGUGGAGAAGCUCCAGCAGAAGAUCCAGCUGGCCCUCCAACAUGUCCUCCAGAAGAACGGCAGAGAGGAUGUGGUUCUCACGAAGUUGAUAUGCAAAGUGUCGACCCUCAGAGCGUUAGUCAGCCGGCACACGGAGAAGCUGACUGCCUUCAAAGCAACAUACCCAGACAUUGUCCGAGCCCACUUCCCACCGCUGUACAAGGAGCUGUUUGGCUCGGACUUGGAACAGGGAUCUAUGACAUAGACGGCCCGCCCAGCACACCCACCAUGUACUGAGUCAUGCUCAUUGGUCCUGUAGCCUCGUUCACGGAUGCAGCGUUGACCUUUGACACUGCCCCGGUCCCUCCCUGCACAUACCUGGAUAGAUAAACCGACGACUAGGCUGAACCAUAAAAGGAGCACCUUCACACCCUCAUUUCUUCGUUCUGUUCGUCUUUCUUUUCCUCUGUUCUGGAUAAUGAGCUGGGUCCGGAUUUUUGGUCGUGGCGACGGGGAUGAGGAAAUGUUCAGCGCCGAGCAGGACGCGGGUCUGUCGACAACGCCUAACCGUGGACAUCCGUGUCACGAGCGAGUCGUGUAGAUUGCUGCCAACACGCCAAUAUACGUCCCUUUCGCCCGAACCGUCUGCUACUUAACCUUCAGAGCCUGAGGAGGAGAGGAAGUCACCACCAAAAUAAUGACCAGGAUGCGUCCUAAAUGGCACGCUACUCCCUACAUUGUGCACAAUAUUUCAACAGGGCCUGUGUGGGGCUACAGUCAAAAGAAGUGCACUACUUUUGAGGGAAUAGUGUGCCAGGUUUCAAUGUCAUCUCUUUCCGUGGUCCUACAGGGUAUAUUGCUAUGCUGAUAAUGAGUACAUACAUACUAUAUUUGAGAAAUGAAUCGAUAUUUUUAGAAUCUAUUUUAAAGAACCUAUUAUUGUUGUCAUAACUACUAUUAUAUAUCUAGUUCUCCCGUUUGCUCCGGUUGACGAGACACUUUUACUAAGACCCUUCUCUGAGUUUUUAGGUAAUGAAUUGUGGACUUUCUAGUUAAAGUUUUGCAUGUUGUCCUCUGGAGAACUGGUGCGUCACAGCAUACGACACUGGAAUUAUGACACGAUAAAUUAGCCCAGUUGUGCAUUUCCACGAUUACUGUCUUCUAUCUAACACAUCCCAUGUCCCUGUUCUCAUACGAUGCAGCUGCGAUGAUCUCCGUCUCUGAGAUCAUCCAUCGAUUUGAUUGGCCAACCCACCAUGCCGCUCACCUUGGCCCCACCAACUAUUCCACCAGAGCCACUGUACCAAAGAUGGUCAAUAUUUACUGAGAUGGACAGCUUUGGUCCGCUCAACUCUGUGUUUUUCCCCAGUUAGACAUCUGGGCCAGCUUAGAUCAUUGACAUCCAUUAAAAUUGUGAUGUAGCCAAACGGCUGUCCUCCUUCCCCAACUGUAUGUCUGUGGUCGACCAGAAGAUGAGACCUCCAAUUAAGCUGGUCAGUUAUUUUUGACUAACUUACAUCUUAUUUUGUAUCAGGAAGGUAUGACAGUCAAAACACAUGAUUUUGAACAAGCGAGAUAUCCCACCACUAAGUAGACCGAUGUCCUGCGUGCUUCCCUCUGACGGGCCGAGCUGUGAGGAAGCUGGGAUGUUAAAUCUCAUAUGUAACUCGGAAGAAGCCGGGUGACUCUUCAGUCGGUGGCUACAAUGAGCCGAGACACCGGGCGUUAGGAUGGCACCUGAGAUCCGUCGAAGUCACCUGACAAAAGCGGACCUUGUAGUCCCUCCGACUGGGGAAACGUCAAAGAGAUACUGGUCGUUUUAUCCAACGCCUUAGCAGGUCCGUCGAGUGGCUGUCCAGUAUUGCCACCUAGUGGCUGAAAAGUGUACCGCUCUUCUCCUGUCUCCAGCCUAGCUGUGUCCAUUAUUUUAUUUUCUCCCUAAUGUCUUGGCCUCUCAAGCGUGUGUUCAUGUGUUGAAGAUGUUUACGAAGAAGAUGUUGACCCCUAGCGAUGUGCACAGCCGCUCCGCGCCCAACUGAGGUCAUUUCAGUCGAUGUGGAGAGAUCAUUUGGGAAGAUUAUCAAAGCCUUGUCUGGUAGCAAAUAGCAUUUAAAUAUAUAAGCCAUGAAAGAAACAGAGAGCACUUACUUUUUGCUAAGAAGGAGAGUAGUGUUGACCAGAGUUAGUGGUUGUUUUGUGUUGUUGCUGCCACUGCAUUAUGGUUGUGUAGUCCUUUUUUAAUGUGCAGUUGUUAAACACUUUCACAUGCUCUCUUCAACACCAAGACGAGUCGUGUGUGUGUGUGCGUAUCAAGUCGUGUGUGUGUGUGUAUCAAGUCGUGUGUGUGUGUGUGUCAAGUCCUCUGUGUGUAUUAUGUAUUGUCAGCUUUUUUUGCACACCAAUCUUAAUUCGUUCUGCAAUAAUAAAGUACACGAUCUAUAAGUUCUUUGCUACUGUUCCUCAGGAAAGAUUCAGACUUUUUCAUCUCUGUGCUUUUUUCUCUUGAGCUUUCUUCUCUUGAAGACCGUUUUUGUUGUCAUUGUUUCGGUAGCGAAUGUCAGCUGAACCCAUCACUAUAUAGCACUUGGCAGAAACCUCCAGUUGAACUCUCUGUUGAACCCGUAAGAAUCUUUUACUCUGUUCUGUUUUUAUUCAUCGUGACUAUAGAAUAGUAUAGGCUGUAAAGUAAUCAGACAAGGGGAAGGAUUUUAAAUGAACAAUAAUAUCCCCCCCCCCCCACCAAGCAAAAGUGUCAGAGAACUGAAGCAAUGCUUGCACUAUCGAACCCACUUGAUUCAUAUUGAUGAUGAUAUUCUGGUGAACACUCAGGGAGACUAGAAACACACAGUAGCAGAGAGAAUAGUAAAAAAAAAAAAAAAAAACGAAAUAAUAAUAAUAGAAAAAAAGCAAAUGCUCUGCAGAUUUUGUUUUGUUCAGCAAAUAGCUUGUUUUGUGUUGCUUUGGUGUAUCUAUUGGUUUGGUGAGUGUUAAUGUACCGUGUGUAGACCUUUGUGUGUCUGUAUGUGUUUGUGUUAGUUAACACUAUGCUGAUAACAUCCAGUAGUGACGCUAGACAAGGCUUUUAUAGUUAAGGACAUCUGUGUUGUCAGCUGGGAAGGCAGUUUUGUCGUUCCUCAUGUUCUACUCCUCACACUCAGUCCACCUCACCACAUCCUUACACGCGAAAGUAGCCUCUAUCUCCAAAGCACAGUAGUGAAACUGCAUUUCUCAAAAAGUCAUGAAAGUAACUUUAGCCAUAAUCGAAUGUCAAGCAAUAAUGAUGUAAAUGUUGUAUUAGUAUUUCUUCUUUGUGAAUAGUUUGAAAUAUUGCAUGACAAUGCAAAUUCUAAUUCGUCACAUUUCAGUUCAUUUUAGUUGUAUUUUCCUCUUUAUUCUGAGAUCAGUGUGUUUCUUUUUAUUGUACAUGUACGACUGGUUUGAUGCUAAGAGCUAUGAAUUUAUAGAUGUAUCUUGUGUAAGGAUGCAAAACUGCCGUAACUGUCCAAAGCUUUUACGUUCUUUGGAAAUUCAGGUUGGAAGAAAUCCUUAAUACAGUUUUUUCCAUCCAAAAUUUCUAUGAAACCUAGCCAUUUGGGAAAAGUUACCGGAAUUUUGCAACUGUAAUUUUUUUCCAUCCCUUUUUUAAAUUCACCAUAUGUAAUUACAUCUAUAUAUUCUGACUGUACAGGCCAGGCGAGAGGAAAAUACUGCUAUAGAUGCCUAUUCAGUGCAAAUAUGUAAUUGUACAAUAUCUGUUUUUAAUCUCGCUCUUAUAGAUUUUAGUUGAGUAGAUAAGUAGAAUGCAGGAUUCUUGUUGUUCAGAUGUGUGGUGCUAGGUUCCUUCUUUGAACAGGCCCUUCAGUUCUAGAUGGUUCUAGAUUGCGCCAGGUUUUUGGUUCCCUUGGUUCCACUGAGUACUGAUGGGUUGUUGAUGUUAAGACUAAGUGAUUAUGAUGAAUAAUGAUCAUAGUAAGAUGACAUAUUUUCCCAGCUGGUGCCUGUAUCAGUGAAUCAGCAUUGGGACAGCUAUAUUUCUUUUCUAUGUACAUUUAAGUUUGUUAGGGGGAAAAAAACUGCAGCGGUUUUUAUACAGAUAACAGAAUAGAGUUGCAGCACCUGAGAUUCUAGCCUCAGAAUAAAAUGUGUUUGUUUGGUUAAUUGAGUCGGGCUUAAAAAGCAGUAUUUGUAAUAAUGUAAUUUCUUCUUUAAACCUGUGUAAAGAAGUGAUUGUGAAAGCCAUUGGUUGGAGCUGAAGCAGUGGACUGGCUGAGUCCAACCCAUCAGAUCGGACCAACAUGGCGGGUUUUUAUCGACCAAAAUGACUUGGCAGUAAUACAGGAAGUCCACUCUAUGGAUUCAUCAAAACAUAACCGCAAGAGGAAUCUCAUUGGUCAAAAUAAUCGGGAGAGUAAGGACGUACAGUCUUCAGAUAUAAUGUUGGAUAUUAAGUUUAUGAAUCACGCAAUACCUGUAAUAGAGUUUUGCUCUACACAUAUUGUACAUGAGAUUGGAAAAUGGUUCUGUAAAAUCUGUACUACUAUUGAUAGGGCAGAGUGUGUACACCUUAUUGACUGAAACCACAACCAUCCUCUUCAAUAUACUGCUAUGAAAUCAGAGCAGUUCAAUCUGAGUUCAUUCUGGCUGAUUAUUUUAUCUUAAUUACUUUGUUGCUAGCCAGGGCCGUACGAUAAAAGAAUAGACAAUCUAUUUUAAUGUUUUUCUAAGAUGGAUUACAUUUGUGUCUUUGUUCUUUUAAAAAUAAGACCAUUUCCUCACAUGUUUGAUGUAGAAAAUAGAACAAAGAAAGGAACGUAAAAAAAUAAACUUUGUUAAAUAAAAAACAAGGAUUUUAACUUAACCAGCUACAGCAUCAUGUAAUUUUUUCAUGUUUUGAUGUCACAUAUUUGCUACUGAUCUUUAAGAUGAUGACAUUCGGACAUGUACCUUUUUAUCCAGCUCUUUUAAACUCUUUCUCUUCAGUUGUUCUUCACAACAGCUACUUUGUUUCUCUGUCUGAUUAAUAAAUACAAAAUAUAAGUAUUUUGUAAAUACGAACUGUAAAGCAAAAUAAGAAAUGUAAUGUUGUCUUUUAAAUACUUUUCAUUCUAAUAUGAUGAAUAUUGUUAUAAUGUACUUAGAAAACAAACUGUACCUUUAAUAUUAUUAUCUUUAUUGAAAGAACAAUGGACACAUCAGUUUUCGAUGUGUGUAAUCUGUGGUUAUCCCAGAAUAAAAAUGACAGCUUUGAGAAAAGCUAGCAAUCA